AUGGAUUCUGUGCAAGCGAUUAAUGACCCGGAGAAGAAGCCAGAGACAAGCACUCAAGACAACGAAGCGAGGAUUUCCAUGUUAACCGGUCGCAUCAAACAACUCAGAGAAGAAUUCGCAACCAGGGGCCACGGAGAGUAUUUCAAUCGGUCUAUUGAGCUGCGAAGGGAGAUAUUGGCAUUAACGGAGCCUAAGGAUCGUCAAAACAAAGCCCUUCAAUUACAUCUACUUAGCAAUGAACUCAGCGAUAGGUUUGCAGAGACAGACUAUCUCGAUGAUCUGAAGGAAUCCAUAGAGCUUGGGAUCCAGGCGUUGGAUCUUACCUCAGACGGCGAUCCGCGAAAGACUGUAUUCCUCAGAAGACUUGAGUUUCUGUUCGAAGAAAAGUACGAGGAGACGGAAGACAUUGCUGAUCUUGAUGAGGUCAUUCGCUACCAAAGACUCUCGAUUGACGCCACAGACCCCACCAAUAGUUCACUGAUGGCGGCCUGGUUGUUUGUUUUAGGCGCAAAGCUUGACAAGAGGGCAGAAGUAACAGGGGAAAUCGCCAACUUGGAUGAGAGUAUCGAGAUCUUUCGAAAGGUCGUUGAACUGAAGCCAGGGAACCUGAGCGCAAAGAAACUGAUCCAAGCCUUGUACAACCGGUAUACAUGGACCAGCGAGGUACAGGAUUUGGAGGAGUGCGUUAGGCUUCAUCGGCAGAUCACCAAUUCCUCAGAUACGGAUGUAGGGAGGGUGGAGUGGAUGAUCAAGAAAGCUAACUAUCUUUGUAUUCUGCAUGAAAGAACCGAAGAUGAACAUCACCUCGAGGAGGCCUUUUUGGUAGCUAACGAAGCACUGGCCUUGGUUCCCGAGGCCAAUUGGAAACCCAAAUGGCUACGUUGUCUGGGACGACUUUUCGGCUGCCAAUACCUCAAGACUGAAGGGAUGGCAGACCUUGAAGAGGCGAUACGGCUAGAGAGAUUGGCACUCAAACUAACGCCGAAUGGUGAUGAGGAUGAGGAAGUUUUCACCUUGACAAAUCUAGGGAACCGUCUGGGUGAUAAGUAUCUGAGAACAAAUGAUGUUGCCGACAUUGACGAAGCUAUUGACUGCGCCAGACAGUCGUUGGAUCUGGACCCUGAGAAGCCUGAGCGACUGUAUAACCUCGCAAUAAAACUGGGUGAUCGAUUUUCAAGAACGGAGGAUCUGGAUGAUGUCGAUGAGGCUAUCGAACUUGAGAGGAAAGCGUUAAAGAUAAUGCCAGUGGACCACUCUGAGAGAGCAGACUAUUUGAACGUUCUAGGUAAUCAGCUGGGCGAUCGAUACAAGUACACGGGAGAUCUUGACGAUCUAGAAGAAGCCAUUCGCAACGCCGAGGAAGCGUUGGGUCUGAUGUCAGAGGACCAUGCGCUCAGUGCAGCGUGGCUAAACAGCCUUGGCAACCAUUAUUUGGAUCGUUAUACCGCAACCGGAGACGAACAUGACCUAGACUUGUCAAUCACAAACUACGACCGAGCUCUUCACCACGAGCCCUCAGCGACGGAAGAUCGGAUCACAGCAGGCCAAGCAAUUCUUUCGAACUGUUCAGAUAGUCAGCAGCUCUAUGAUACUGCGAAAAUCGCUGUAAACCUCAUCCCCAAACUCGUAUCAUGGUCCCACGAGAAUCAGGACAGACAGUACGUACUCAGUCAAGUAGUUGGGCUAGCCUCCGACGCCGCUGCAGCUGCGUUACAAGCGGGUCGAUCCCCCAUGACAGCCUUGCAGCUACUGGAACAAGGUCGGGGUAUCAUUGGAUCAUCACUCCAGGACAUGCGCAGCGACGUGCAAGAUUUGGCGAAGGAGCACCCGGGACUAGCGGAGAGAUAUCGCACUUUGCAAGCUGAACUGGACCGGCGUGCCGAGCAUGAUAGAGCCGCAGAUACGCAGUCGCAAGCCUCGAUUAACAGACGACAUGCUGCUGCCAAGGAGUUCACGGAGUUGGCUGCUGAAAUCCGUAGUUUGCCUGGGUUUGAAGACUUCUUGCUCUCUCACACGGAAGAUGAGAUCUGCGGUGCUUCAGAACGCGGCCCGAUCGUGGUGAUCAAUGUCAGUAGCCUUCGCUGCGAUGCUCUUAUUGUCGCGGACAGCCAAGUUCAUACAUUGGAGCUACCCAGCAUAACUCUGGAGGAACUUGAGCAAAAGGUAAAGCCUUGGACUCUCGCAAGUUCGCAGACUCUCGAGUGGCUCUGGGAUGCCGUCAUGAGCCCCAUACUCAGCAUGCUAGGUUUUACUGGACCUCCGCCGACAGAUGCAUGGCCACAUGUCUGGUGGAUUCCAACCGGUCCUUUAGUUCAGCUUCCGCUUCACGCAGCAGGUUACCAUAGACAACAAGGUUCCAAAGCAGUACUGGAUAGAGUUAUAUCGUCAUACGGGUCUUCGAUCCGCAACAUAAUUCGUGGCCGUCGAGACUCAUCCCAGUCGCCUGGCUCUGAUCAGGCACUACUUGUUGCAAUGGAGCAUACACCUGGCCACGACACGCUUACUUUCGCCAAUGGAGAGGUGAAAUUGAUAGACGGCAUAGUCCACUCUAUGAAACUCGAGUCAAUUAUACCCACCCGCACCAAGGAGGAGGUCAUUCGAUAUCUGCCGGACUGCAAGAUCUUCCACUUUGCUGGCCACGGCCUCGCUCAUACAGAAGACCCAUCGAAGAGUUGCCUCUUACUAGAAGACUGGAAGGAAAAUUCACUCAAGGUUUCUGACCUCUUAGAUAUGAAUCUUCGACAAAGGUCACCCUUCCUUGCAUACCUAUCGGCAUGUGGCACUGGCCAGAUCAAAGAUGAGACAUCAUUCGAUGAGAACAUCAACCUCAUCAGCGCGUUCCAAAUCGCCGGGUUCAGGCAUGUAAUUGGUACGCUGUGGAACGUACAAGAUGAUAUUUCUGUUGAGAUGGCACAGAUGACGUAUCAGGAGCUGCUCGACUCCGAUAUAUCGGAUGAGUCUAUCUGCCGCGGGCUGCACAGGGCAACUCGUGAGUUGAGGAGAAGGUGGAUAGAGAAGCAUGAGACUAGCAAGAGUGUAAGAACUGCUCCGGAUUCCGAUGGACACGACGCCGCUAAAGGAUCUCUAUCGCGUUCAGUCAGAGACGCAUCUUUGAUUGGUGAUACAGACAAUAACCUUGGCUCAGCUGAUUGGGCGCCCUACAUACACUACGGGGUGUAG